AUGUAUCCAAUGAAAAAUCAGCAUACGUAUACACAAACACCAAUGAAGAGUGAGAUGUCGUUAAAGGAUGAAAUAAAAGAUGAUCUACCUAAGAAAAUGUCACAAGAAAUACAAGAAGAAAAUUCAUGGGCUCAAACGUUGUUAACUAUAACACCGGAGGAUGAUGCUGUACUAAGAGAAAUCAAAUCAAAGAUUUUGGUGUCCGCAGACAUGAAUACCUCAUUGGAUCUAAAUACCGAUAGUUUUGUUUACAGACAACCCCUAACUCCAAAGUAUCUCGUUGAUUUUAAUGAAUUAGAGGAAGAAAAUAAUAUUAAAGACGUCGAAGUUCAAACAUAUUUGCAAGGCGUAUUGGUCGUUGACAUUCCAAUCGAAUAUAAGGAUCAAAUUUCACAAACGUUGUAUAUGAGCUCACCUUGUCCUCCUAUGAAAUAUUAUGAAGAUAUUAUGACAUCCAUGAGAGACGGUCCAAUGCCAGAGAUAAAAAAUACUCGUCAAACGCAAACAAUACUUACGAUUGAUCCAGAUUUAACUCUACAAAUUAGCACAGAAAUAUUAAAAAUCGACAUUGCAAAGGAAGAAAAAGAAGAAGAAGAAAUAAAAAAUAUACGUUUUGUAUGGAAUGAAGAAGAUUAUUUGCAAACUGAGCUGAAUACCUUAAUAUCCGAUAUCCUAUAUUAUCUAGAAGAACGUGUUUUUUGGAUUUUAGAUCCAACGAAUCUCUUACGUCCGAUUACAAUUGAAAACUUUACUCAGACCUUGGUAAAAUACAAUGGAAUAACGGAUAAAAUUGUAAUCGACAACGAAACACAAACUGAAUUAACUUGUCAACCUAAAAGUUCCAAUACCGAAUUACUUUCAGAUUAUCAAGCUAAUAAAAACUUGAUAAAUGAAAUAUUAAAUGAUUGUUUGGACAAGACCAUUGAGUCUGUAGUAUUGACUCAAUAUAUUCUCGAUGAGAUCAUUAAAAAGUGUGGUGAAUUAAUUAGAUAUCCUCCAAAAGAUCAAGAUGUUCAAACUGUAGCUACUUAUACGGUGGACGAAAAGAAAGAUGAUGUUUUACGUAAAUUACAAUUACCAAUAGUCGUUGAUUCAUUGGAAUCAUCGAUUGUGGUAUUAGCGCUCAUCGAUGAUCUGUUAAAAUCGGUUUGUGAAGUUAUCCAUGAAAAUGCGUAUAUUGUCACUAAGUCUAUUAUUCAAGAUGCAGUUAUAAAAUCUGCGUCCAUUGGUUCUAAAAUAGAAAAAAUACGAAAUCAAAAACACGAUAAGCUAAUCGAGCAAAUCUUAAGUCAAAGAAGAGAAAAGAUAGCAAAGUUAAUGAUGAAGAAGGAAACAGAUACAGUCUUUACACAGACCAGUAUAUCGGGCAUCCACGAAAUAACAAAACUUAAGGAAAGUAUUAGCUGUAUUUGCUUAAAAGAUUCAAAGUGUUAUGCCUGCAUAAAAAGAGAUAAAGAUAUACGAACGUUGCGUACGCAGGAUAUACUUUUAGCUUAUAGUAGUAAACCAUGUCAGGUUGUUAGUAAUUCUUUCAAGAUAGAAGCUGAUAAAGUAUCUUCAAGUUGUAUUACCGAAGAAAGAUCAUCAUCAACGAUAAGUACAACUUCAAUUUUGAAUGAUUCUACCUCAGAAUCAGCCACAACAAUCGAUAUUGUUCUAAAGCCGAAAGAAAGAAUAAAUCUUACAGAUUCUCUUGAUGGAUGGACUCGUGCAAUUGAUACAGCUUUAACUAUACCAUGGUCUCCUCAAAGUUCCUUGAGUGACACCGAUAAAAACGAAAAGUUAAAUUUGCAAACUAUGAAGGUAUUGGAAAUUUUGAAGAGUACCUUCUGUAUUCGUGAUACCUGUCCUAUAUCUGUCUUAGAAAAAUUGACAAAAAGAUCAAACGAGGUAGUCGAUAACGUUCAUGCGAAUACAAUUAAUAAUUCGUGCCUUUGUUCAAAGAUAAAAGAUGAUUAUGUUAAUGAAGAAAAUAUUGAAAAUAAUAAUAGUAUUAUCGAUACCAAAACUUAUAACUCGUCGUUUGAAAAUGAUAAAUGUUUGUGUCAUAUUUGUUAUACAUUAGAAGAUAGUUUGAGUCAAUUUCCUGAAAAUAAUAAUUCUUGUAACGUGAAAAUUAUUCCUAUACAAUCGACUUCAUAAAUACAUAUUUAUGUAUAGGAUUCUUUCAUAUAUUUGUACGUACAACAAUUGAUUUUAUUACAUCGAUGUGCUAUAACGUACAUACGAUGUAUAGAAUUCAUAAUAUUCAAUCUUUGUUAUAUAAGAAAAUUUUACAAUAAAUUAUAAAAAUUUUACAACUUCUUUUUCUCUGUUUAAACUUUUUGAAGUAAUACUUUUGUUAUUGAAUAGACUGUACACAACAUCGUUUCGUCAAUUAUCUUCGAAUACAAUUAUCUUCGGUAUUAGAUGUUUAACCGUACAUAUUGCAUCAUACUUUUUAUUGAGUAUUAUAUUAUACGUAAGCAGUAUGAUCCAAUCAAUAAUUACAUAUGCAUUUUUAGAGCAUAUUUGAAAAGGUAAAAUAAUUUUUUUCUUUUCUUUUAUGUAACGUACAGUUUACUCUGUGGCAGACAUAUUGAAUCUAUUAUUGCCAGUUUUGUUCUUUCGAGAUAUAUAAAAUUUUUGGAAGUUUUUAUUUCACAUAUAUAUGUAUGUAUAUAUACAUAUAUAUUGUGAAUAAAUUAUUAAUUUGUUAUUACAAAAAUGUAUUAAUCGUAAAAUUAUAAAAACCGAAAAAUUAGAUAUCAAGAUAUUUAUAAGCGUACAAUAUUGUCACUUUUACAAUAGAUCACACAUGUCCUCUGAACUAUAAAUAAUGUACAUUUUCCGAAGUUUUAUAAUUAUUUAUGGCAUGAAAUGUUAGUUAUUUGAUUAACACGCGUAUGUAAAGAAAAUACCAAAGAUUCUUAUUUUUUGGUAUUCAUUAAGUAGUUCAAUGAUAAUCACAUAUAAAUUAAUAAGAAAAUAUAAUUUUAUAAAUACUUAUAAAUAAGCAUACGUAUAGUAUCAAUUUAUAAUUAUAUAUAAAAGUCCAAAAGU